ACCUUGGCCAGAGGCAAAAGAGCUUGACAAGAACUUGGAACCCUUUGUAUAGUAGGCUAUAUUCCAGCCAUGCAAAAGCUAGAGGUUUGUCUAGCCACACAUGCUUUUCUGGAUUGAAAGAUUUGUGCAAGAGUCAUUACAGUAUCACAUUUCAAGGAUACAUUCCAGCCAGACAAAAGCACUCAAAGUGGGUGCCAAACAGAGCCUGGGGAGAGUCCCAUGGGCUGGUUAGAGAAGCUAGGAGAAUCACCUACGCCCCCCUUGGCUGGGGAUUCCUCACCUCUUCUGCAGACACUUUUCUAAAAUGAAUUUUGAGCUUCGGAUAUAAGAAGGCAUAUUCUGUUGGUAAUGGUAACCUGGAAACUAUCAACUGUAGCUAGCAGAGGUGCAGUCCAUGGUGCCACAAUCAAGGCAGUGAGUCUGGAAAAAAUGGUGGUAUCUGUAGAAUGGACAGAAAAUAAUACUGUCAAAGGGAAAGAGAUUGACCUUGAUGAUGUGGUAGCAAUAAAUCCAGAGCUGUUUACAUCUCCAGUUGUUGCUGCUGCGAAAGAAAGCCAUCUUGCCCAGGAGAAUGUAACCACACAGAGGCAAACCCGCAGAACAACACUCUCAAAAAUUCCUGCUCCGAAAGAAGUACUGCGAUCACAAGCUAGCAAGAUGUCUGUCAUAGCAGAAACUCAGAACAGCCCUCUGGAAAACGAUAUGGAGGUGGAAUUGCCUGCUCCUGUACGAACACGAAGCCACUCUGCUCUUCCUGUUGUACGAACUCGAUCUAGGGUCAGCUAUUCUACUGAUCGAUGUAAUGUACAGCCAAAUGGCAAUGAAAUGACAGAAGACACUCCACAGACUUUGAGAAUGGUCUCUGCUGCAAUUCAAGCUCGUAGGAAAUCUAACAUUGUAAAAGAGAUGGACAAAAUGAAAAAUAAGAGGGAAGAGAAAAGGGCCCAGUUCUCUGAAAUAAGAAAUAAGCGGGCACAGGAAUAUGAUAGUAGUUGUCCAAACUGGGAUUUUGCACGGAUGGUCAAGGAAUAUAGAGCCAAUAUUGUUUGUCAGUCGAUAUCAAUGAAUGACCCCAUAGAAGAACAUAGAAUUUGUGUCUGUGUGAGGAAACGACCCUUAAAUAAACAAGAACUUGGGAAGAAAGAGUGUGAUAUAAUUACUGUUGCCAGCAAGAACAGCAUCCUAGUGCAUGAACCAAAGGUGAAGGUGGAUCUGACGAAAUACCUUGAAAACCAGGCUUUUCGAUUUGACUUCUCAUUUGAUGAAAAAGCUUCCAAUGAAAUGGUUUAUUGGUUUACUGCUAGACCACUUGUGCAGACCAUAUUUGAGGGAGGGAAAGCUACAUGUUUUGCCUAUGGUCAGACUGGAAGUGGAAAAACCCAUACUAUGGGAGGUGACUUCUCUGGGAAAGUGCAGAAGGCCUCUAAAGGAAUAUAUGCUUUUGCAUCACAGGAUGUCUUCCUUCUUCAGAACCAGCCAAGAUACAAGGCACUAGGUCUGGAAGUGUACGUGACUUUCUUUGAAAUAUAUAAUGGAAAGCUAUUCGAUCUCUUAAACAAAAAAGCAAAGCUGCGAGUGCUGGAGGAUGGCAAACAGCAGGUUCAGGUCGUUGGCCUGCAAGAAAUGCAAGUGAACUGUGCUGAGGAUGUUAUCCGGAUGAUUGAGAUAGGCAGUGCCUGCAGGACAUCUGGGCAUACAUUUGCAAAUGCCAGCUCCUCGCGUUCCCAUGCUUGUUUUCAAAUUAUUCUGCGCAGAAAACGAAAACUUCAUGGCAAGUUCUCCUUAGUGGACUUGGCUGGGAAUGAACGAGGUGCUGAUACCUCCAGCAAUGAUCGGCAGACACGGUUGGAAGCAGCAGAAAUAAACAAGAGCUUGCUAGCACUGAAGGAAUGUAUCCGCGCUCUAGGUCAGAAUAAACAACACACACCUUUUCGGGAGAGCAAACUUACCCAAGUGCUGAGGGAUUCCUUCAUUGGAGCAAAUUCCAGAACCUGUAUGAUUGCAAUGAUCUCCCCAGGCAUGAAUUCCUGUGAAUAUACCCUAAAUACCUUGCGGUAUGCUGAUAGAGUGAAGGAGCUCCCUCACAAUGGAACAGCUGGAGAAGCACAGAACUGCAUGGAAACCGAAAAUGAAGAGGUGGAUAUCAGUGAGGAAGAAUCGGCCCACCUUCAUGAGCUUUCUGAUGAUGAGCUGUCUCAUCUGUCCAGUUUCCGUGAGGCUGUCACCCGGAUAAGUGAGCUUGAGGAGAAGGCAAUAGAGGAGCUUAAGGAUGUCAGGGAGAAAAUGAACGACUGCAACUGUCUCCUGGAUAUUGCGGAACAACCAGAAUAUGACCUGGAGGCAUUUGUGUAUCAAGCCCAGUGCUUCGUAAAUGAAGGAUCCAAAAAUUUCCUCCGCCUGAAAGACACUCUGGAAGAACUAACCCUUGCCAUGCAGAUGGAAGAACAAGCCAGCAAGCAUCUGAAUAAGCGGCCACUUCAGUAGUUACCCACUUGUUAAAUGAAUUUCUUCCCUCUCUAUUUGUCUGUCACUUCUUUGGUUUGCUGUUAACUGUAUUUAAAAUGCAAGCAGAAGGUUCAUCCUAUCUUGUUUGAGGGUUCCCUGUUUUGGGGAGAGGGUGCUAUCCUUUAUGCAGGCAAAGGAAAGUACUCUGCCAGAAUGUGAUGUUUCUGGGACCAUUGCUCCUCUUCACAACUGAAGGCUAAGAAGAAGAGUUGCUUUGGUGUCUCUUGGUAAGCUUGUACAUUUUUCUAGUGUAAAUAAAGUAUUUCACUAAAUACUUUUGAAAUGUUAACAUUGAAUGCAAUCCAGUGAAUCUUGAACUGGUUUUGCUGUUUGAGACUUUUUAAAAUAUAAAUAAUCAGUAAUUGAAGCAGUUUAUAAAUAAAUAUUUCUGAAUGCAUUAAGUCCUGUAUUGUGAGGGGUUUGAAGUGUGUUCUUCAGGUCUUCUGCUGUUCUUGGAGGCCACUUGUAUAUGUUGGAUUGUAUAUCUCUGGCUUGGAGAGCAACAACUUGGUAAGGACAGCUUGCUUACUUUCAACCUUAUCUAUUACAUCUAAAAGAGAAUUUGAGAUUUGUCAGUAAGACUGGUUAUAAACAUAUUUUACUUAGAAAUACUAUGGGAAGAGUUCAGCAUUGUGCUGUUAUGUUUCAGUCAUUGCAAAGAUUUCUGCUUGCCAGGUAAACCAGUUUCCCAUCUUCCUAUUAACGUGACUUGUUGCGCUAGCACAACUAUUUAGCUGAAUCUGGCCUUUUAUCUUGGUUUUCAACUGGUUUUGUUUCAGAGGAUGGCAGCAUUGUACUGACUAGUAUACUUACUAGAGGAAGUCUAUUGAACUUAGUGAAUCUUUGCCCCCCCCCCGUCCUUAAAUAUUUACAGGACCAUGGGAAGAAUGUUUAGGACUGUAACUUGAACACAGUAGGCAAUCCUAGUCCAGCUAGGUUGUGAUGACAGUCAAGGUUGUUUCUAUUUUGGUUGAACUUUAAGGAAAGAUGGUCCCUAUUUAUGAGAAAUGUUCAGGGGUUCUGGAAAAAUGUGGCUGGUCAACGCUAGUCAAAACUUCUGUACUCUACCAUUUUUGCUAAUGGAACAACUGGAAGAGGACAAGAUUGAAUUCAUCUGACCUUUUUCCAGGUUGUAUAAAAAAAUUACUAACACAGGUAUGUGUAGAAAGUGGAGCUAAUCACCUUGUAGGCUAGUUAAAU